GUGGGCACAGAGUCACCAGGCACGACAGUGGGCUCUGAGUCAAUUGGCACGACAGCGGGCACCGGGUCAUCAGGUACCGGAUCGUCUGGCUCGACAGCGGGCAUCGGGUCACCAGGCAUGACAGCAGGCACUGGGUCAUCAGGCAUUGGAUUGUCUGGCUCGACAGCGGGCAUCGGGUCACCAGGCAUGACAGCAGGCACUGGGUCAUCAGGCAUUGGAUUGUCUGGCUCGACAGCGGGCAUCGGGUCACCAGGUAUGACAGCGGGCACUGGGUCACCAGGCAUCAGGUCAUUUGGCUCGCCAGCGGGCACCGCGUCAUCUGGCGCUGGAUCGUCUGGCUCGACAGCGGGCAUCGGGUCACCAGGCAUGACAGCGGGCACUGGGUCAUCAAGCAUUGGAUCGUCUGGCUCGACAGCGGACAUCGGGUCACCAGGCAUGACAGCAGGCACCGGGUCAUCAGGUACCGGAUCGUCUGGAUCGACAGCGGGCACCGGGUCAUCUGGCAUUGGAUCGUCUGGCUCGACAGCGGGCAUCGGGUCACCAGGCUGGAUCAGUUCAUCAGGCUGGACAUCAGGCUGGGUAGAGACAUCAGGCUGAAGUGCGGGUGCCGAGGCACCAGGCUGAACCAUGGAAGGCAGGUUCUCAGACGGCAGGCUCACCGGUUUGGAAACUGGCA